CUCAACUCUUUGGGCUAUAUUCUCGAACAUAAUACCUUCCUAUUUGAUAUCAUUGUGCUUCAACAAACAUGCAACUUGAGAAAAUACAGCAGGGUCCGAGCCUGUUGUUUUACUUGGUGACGGCACCUUUUUUGCCGCUUCUGAUACCCGUCUUCGUUCUACUCUUCAUUUUUAAAACGCUUCUCAAGCUGGUGCUUAUUUCCAAACAUGGAAAAAGGUUCGGCGGGUUCCUCGCUAGCCCCGACACCCUGUGGACGCACGAGAGAAACGAAUGGAGGUGUGUGGUGAACGUAUUGUUUUUGCUGGAGUGCCAAGAUAGGAUAGACCUGAAGCAAAAGCUUACGGUACGCGCUAAAGAAAGGGUAUUUGACGUGAACGACUAUCCAAAAUUAAAGGCAACGGUGCACAAAUCGUGCGGAUAUUAUUAUUUUGUAAACGACGAUGUGGAUUUAACUGACUGCGCCAAAGUGCUGCGCGUGCCCAAAGAUAGGCCGUUUGAUGACGACGCUUUGAGGGAUAUCGUUAGUGAAAUGGUUAACGAACCGCUUCCCAAAAAUGGCGCUGGGAUGUGGGAGUUUCGGGUUAGCGAAAGUCCCCUUGUAGCCAAGAGGAAUGGUAAGCACGCCUAUCCAGUGAUAUUUAGAUUUAACCACGUGGUGGGAGACGGGGCCACCUUCAUUUCGUUUUUUAUGAAGGUCUUCAGCGACACACAAGCGGAUCAGUACUUGACCACAACUCUUAAGAAGUACAGCGGAUUACUAACCCAAACCUCAAAUGACUUCAACUUGGUGAUUUGGUUCGGCCGCAUUAAAUCAAUCCUAAGGAAUUUAUACGUGCUGUUUUUCAUCUUUGGUACGUUGCUUCAUCUUCUUUUCGCGCGAGAGAGCGACGAAAAUCCUUUACACGGGCCUUGCCUGUGCGGCGAUAAAAUUGUCGCGUGGUCCGUCGAAGAUAAGGAAGAAUUGAUCCCUACGGUGAAAAAAAUUAAAAACAAAUUCCCGAAAAUGGCGUUUUCGGAAGUAGUUCAUACUGCGCUGGUUGCCAGUUUGACGGAUUUUUACAAGAGGAACGGAUACGGCGUGCCAAAUUACAUAAGCGUAGGGAUGCCGUUUAUUAUGUCCGUCAGGGACAUGUUGAAGCCGGGUCCGGUCACGCUGGUCAACAAAUUUUCUUUUGGCAUUGCGACUUUUCCAACCAGGAGAGCUACGUUAAUUCAGACGCUUCUAGAAGUCAAAGAGCGAUUCGAGAUAUUAAAAAGUGGCAUCGAAAUAGAGGUAGCUUUCAUUAUUAUGGAAUACUUCAUGGGUCUCUUGCCCGCUUUCUGCGUAAAAAUAGUAUCCACGUUGCCAGGAAUGACUGCCAUUGUGACAAGCCUUCCAGGAACUGCUAAGGUUACCUUCGGUAACACGGCCAUAACUUCAGUAACGUUUUACGCCCCAAAUAGGAUGAAAACAGGACUAACGAUCAGCAUCCUCACUUACGAUGACCGGUUUCAAAUAGGCCUGGAGGUUGAUAAGGCCCUUAUAGCAUCGAAAACGGAAGCCCAAAUAAUUUGCGAGGAUAUAUUUAAAUACUUAAAGUUGUUGGACGCUGAAACGAGUUCGCUUGGUUAUAAUGAAAUUUGAUAAAUAAUA